AAUCGGAGAAGCUGGCUGCUCAUCCCAGCUCGGAGGGAUUCCCGGGACAGGAGCUGAGAGCGACACGAAGACGAGUGUUCACCGGAAUAAAAGGAUGAAAAUGACUGAACCUCCGACCCAGUGACACUGGAAUGAUAUCCUGACCCCUUUCUCUGACAGUAAGCAGGUGUAGCAAUGAGCGGGGGGAUAUAAUGGCCAAAAACAAAGAUGUACGCCCCCCGAUAUUUGCCGUCAGCGUGGUUGGCCUCUCUGGGACGGAGAAAGAGAAGGGCAACUGUGGCGUGGGCAAGUCCUGCCUGUGCAACCGAUACGUGCGCCCUGAUGCAGAUAAUUACUACUCUGAGCACACCUCCGUGCUCAGCACGAUAGACUUUGGUGGACGCGUGGUCAACAAUGACCACUUCCUGUACUGGGGGGACGUGUCCCAUCGAGGGGACGAGGGUUUGGACUGUAAGAUCCAGAUUAUCGAGCAAACGGAGUUCAUCGAUGACCAAACGUUUCUUCCUCAUCGAAGCACAAACCUUCAGCCGUACACCAAACGAGCGGCGGCGACCAAGCUUCAGUCUGCGGAGAAGCUCAUGUACAUCUGCACGGACCAGCUGGGCCUGGAGCAGGACUUCGACCAGAAGCAGAUGCCGGAUGGCAAACUCAACAUUGACGGCUUUGUGCUGUGUGUUGACGUCAGCAAGGGUUGCAACAGGAAGUAUGAGGACCAGAUGAAGUUUGUGAACAGUCUGUACUCACAAAUCGUCAAGUCAAAGAAACCGACCGUCGUCGCUGCCACAAAAUGCGACGAGUGUGUGGAUCAGCAUCUACGGGACCUCCACGCCUUCGUAACCAGUAAGAAAAACUUGAUGCUGAUUGAAACGUCGGCACGUUUCAAUAUCAACAUAGACCUCUGCUUCAACGCUCUGAUCCAGCAGCUGGAUAAAACGAGGGGAAAGCCUAAAAGUGUGUCUUACCUGGAGGCCUAUAAGCUCCAGCGGCAGCUCAUCACCUCCGUUACAGACAGAUUUGACAAAGUGAUGACUCACACGGUGAGAGAUUAUCACACCACAUGGAAAACUGUUGUAAAUAUCCUGAAGGGGCAACCGGACUACGAUGAGUUCAUCACCCUGGAGGGCUCCCGUAAAGCACGCAACAUGUUCACGAAGCACAUCGCACAACUAAAACAAGAGCACAUCAAGAAGAGGCGAGAGGAGUACCUGACAGCUCUGCCCAAAACCCUCAACAAUCUGUUCAACAACCUGGAGCAGGUGGAAACCCUCUCCUGGACCGAGGCGAAGAGUUUAAUCCACAAUCGGCCCGAUUUCCAGUACUGGUUUGUGGUGCUGGAGCACACGCCCUGGGAUGAAUCGGACCACAUAGAUAACAACGACCGCAGGAUACCCUUUGACCUCCUGAAUACACACGAGGCAGAGAAAAUUUACCUUAACCACGUCCAGCACCUGCUGUCUGAGAAAAGACGAGUGGAGAUGAAGGACAGGUUCAAGAAGACUCUGGAGCGGGUCCAUUUCAUCAGCCCGGGGCAGUCAUGGGAGGAAGUCAUGUGUUUCGUCAUGGAAGAUGAAGCCUACAAGUACAUCACUGAUUCAGAUCGGAGGGACGUUUACUGUAGGCACCAGCAAGAAAUAGUUGAAAAGGCCAAAGAGGAUUUUCAGGAAAUGCUGUUUGAGCACGCAGAGCUUUUUUAUGACCUGGACCUGAACGCCACCCCGAGCUGCGACAAGAUGAGCGAGAUCCACAGCGUGCUGAACGAGGAGCCCAGGUACCGAGCGCUGCAGAAACUCGCCCCGGACCGAGAGUCCCUCCUCCUUAAACACAUUGGCUUCGUUUACCACCCCACUAAAGAGACGUGUCUGAGCGGGCAGAACUGUGUGGACCUGAAAGUGGAGCAGAUUCUGGCCAACAGGCUGGUGCAGCUCGACCACGGGCGCUCCAGCCUCUACUACAACAGCGCCAACAUCGACAGAAUCAACCUCUGCCUCUUGGGAAAGGAUGGUUUGUCACAGGAGCUAGCCAAUGAGAUCCGAGCUCAGUCCACAGACGAUGAGUACACCCUGGAUGGUAAAAUUUAUGAAGUUGAGCUUCUUUCUGUAGAUGUUAACUCCACGCUGCUCUUCAGCCACACGUGGGUCACCACCUUCAAGCCUCAUGGCUGCUUCUGUGUCUUCAACUCCAUCGAGUCUCUGAACAGCAUCGGUGACUGCAUCGGGAGGAUCAGAGCAGAAAUCGCUCAGAGUCGACGGGAUCGGUUCGCUCAGCCGCUCCCUUUCAUUCUUAUCCUGGCAAACCAGAGGGACAACGUGUGUAAGAACAUCCCCAUCCUGCGGCACCAGGGACAGCAGCUGGCAAACAAGCUGCAGUGCACCUUUGUCGACAUCCCCUCAGGGGCUUUUCCUCGCAAAUUCACAGAGUUCCAAAUAAAGCAGGGGCUCCGAGCGGUGCUGGAGGGGCUGAAGCAUAACUUUGACGUGUUGGCCCCCUUACCCUGCAUCAAAGACCUGACGGAGACGGACCUGAGGAUAGUCAUGUGUGCCAUGUGCUGGGAUCCGUUCAGCGUCGACCUCAUCCUCUCACCCUUCCUGGACUCGCACUGCUGCAGCGCAGGUCAGCCGGGUCAGAGCAACACCCUCAUUCUAGACAAGAUUAUUGGAGACAGCCGGCGCCGGAUCCAAGUCACCAUCAUCUCUUACCACUCUGCCAUCGGCGUGCGUAAAGAUGAGCUGGUGCAUGGCUACAUCCUGGUUUACUCUGCCAAACGCAAGGCCUCCAUGGCUACCCUGCGGGCAUUCCUGGCCGAAGUCCAUGAUGUUAUCCCGGUCCAGAUGGUGGCGAUCACUGACAGCCAGGCGGAUUUCUUUGAGAAUGACGCCAUCAAGGAGCUGAUGACUGAGGGGGAGCACAUCGCCACAGAAAUCGCCGCCAAGUUUACGGCGCUCUAUUCUCUGUCGCAGUAUCACCGGCAGACGGAAGUUUUCACCCCCUUCUUUAACGAAGUCCUGGAAAAGAAGCUGAGCAUCGAGAGCUCCUUCCUGUUUGACAGCUCAUCCCGCGAGUGCACCACCGGCGCCAGCGAAGACGUCUUCCCCACGUCGCCUCACAGCCACUCCCCUGCAUACAACACGUAUUACCCAGAAUCAGAUGAUGAUAACGAGGCUCCGCCCCCCUACAGUCCAAUCGGAGACGACGUCCAGCUCCUCCCUACUCCCAGCGAGCGGGCCAAGUACCGGAUCGACCUGGAGGGGAACGAGUACCCAGUCCACAGCACGCCUGUUGGAGACCAUGAACGCAACCACAAAGUGCCUCCACCUGUCCGGCCCAAACCAGUGCUCCCCAAACCCAAUGUGAAAAAACUGGACCCCAACCUGCUCAAAACCAUCGAGGCGGGCAUGCGGGGGAACCGCAGGAUGCCUCGUGGUCCGGUCACGCACACCGAAGAUGUGGAGGCGUCUGAUAACUAUGCAGACCCGGCGGACUCCCUCUAUAGACCCAGGGCUUUCGACAUAUACUUGGUGCCCGAUGACACCCACAACCGUCUUAUCAAAGUCAAAAACUCCUUUGGUGCGCUGCCGGGCCUCCACGCAGGAGAAGAGGAGGAGAACGGAUUUGACCGGAAGUCUCAGGCCGGGCGGCGACCGUCGAAGUACAAACAUCGCUCCAAAAUCCUGUUCAGCAAAAUUAAAGCAUACCAGAGACAAUUCCACUCGGACAGCGACGGAGAGGAGUCCUGUCCCGCCACGCAGAAGAAGAAGAAGGGACGGGCCCAUCGGGGCAGCGAGGAGGACCCGCUGUUGUCCCCGGCUGACCCCUGGAAGCUCGGGAUCGAUAAUCCCGCCAUCAUGUCUGACCCCGAGCAGGACGACAAGAUGAAGAAGAAGAAGAAGACGCCCAAAACGCCAAAAGAACCCAAAAAGCCCAAAGCAAACAAAUCCCCGAAGCCUCUCUACCCCCCGACCCGGAGAACCUGGGAGAGCAACUACUUUGGCGUUCCCCUUCAGACCCUGGUGACCGCGGAGCGCCCCAUCCCGCUCUUCAUCGAGAAAUGUGUCGACUACAUAGAGCGCACAG